GUUUUUUGCCUCUUUUAAACUUUAAUAAUUAGUUUUAGGACCGCGAUGGUUCAUAAAACUUUUUUAUUGUUAGGGAAAAAGGCCUCCAGAAAGUUUAUCGAUAAGUUAAGGAUCUUUGUUAAGGCUGGAAGUGGUGGAUUAGGGUUGAGUAAGUAUGGCGGUGUUGGCGGCCGUGGGGGUCACGUGUUUGCUGUUGGCUCAACCGAUGCUUCUCUUAAAAAAAUCAAAAAUGAAAAUUCAGACCAAAGAUUUGUAGCUGGAAAUGGUGGAAAUAGCAGUGCCAGAUCAUUGCAGGGAUCGCCAGGGAAGGAUGUUUUCAUUGAGUGCCCGAUUGGAAUUUCUGUCAAAACUGACAGUCAAGCCGUCCUCGGCGAAAUUAUGAAGGAAAAUGAUAAAGUUUUAUUGGCCAAGGGCGGAAGAGGUGGAGACCCUAGUAACUCAUUCAUUGGGCUUAAAGGUGACAGUCACAAUGUAAGCCUUGAUCUCAAGCUUAUUGCUGACAUUGGGCUUGUUGGGUUUCCAAAUGCUGGCAAGUCAACGCUGCUGAAGAGUUUAUCUAGGUCUAGUCCAAAGAUUGCGUCAUACCCAUUCACUACAAUAGAACCUAGAGUAGGCAUACUGGAGUAUGAUGAUCACAGACAAAUAACUAUGGCUGACCUGCCUGGCCUGAUCGAAGGGGCCCACAUGAACGUCGGGAUGGGCCACAAGUUUCUGAAGCACAUCGAACGUACCAAACUCCUCCUACUCAUUGUUGACGUCAUGGGCUUUCGACUGAACCCCAAGUCCCCGCUGAGAUCCAGUUUUGAGAAUGUUCUACUACUUAAUAAAGAGUUAGAGUUAUACAAGGAGGAGUUGAUUGAUAAACCGAGCGUCCUGGUCAUCAACAAAGUUGACCUGCCAUCAGCACAGCUUCAUGUCGAUGCAUUAAUGAACAAACUUCAGCAAAUGGAAGAUGAAUUGAAAUCAAUCGCCGAAGAAUUCCGACCGAAGAAAUUAUUACAAUUCGAUGACGUCAUUACUGUUUCCGCUAAAAAUUCAUUAAAUACGGAACACUUGAAGGCGAAACUUCGAGAACUUCUCGACCUUCACAGUGACCUUGACGGUCAGGAUUCCAACCAGAAACAGUUGAGUCUGUUGAAAAAUUCGCUCACGGAGCAUGUUGGAUUGGGAGCCGUCUAAUGUUUUUAUUUUGUUUUUUUAGCUUUAGAAUAAAUGAAUUAAAAAA